AUGAAAGAGCGAGGCUCUCUCUCUCCCUCUCUCUCUCUCUCUCUCUUUCUUUUUCUUUUCUUGAAAAAAACAUGUUCAAUGGUAUUUCCUGCUGCUCUUUCAAAAAAUCUCUUAUUAUUUUCACUUUUCCUUUCUUUCUUUCUUUCUAUCUUUCUUUCUUUCUUUCCUUUUUUCUUUAUUUAUUCAUUGCUUUCUUUUAUUUCAAUAUUCUUUCCCAUGUCUCUCUCUCUUCAUUAUAUUCAUUUCUUCUUUCUUUUUAUCUCUGACUUCUUUAUUCAAAUAUUGUUUGAGUUUAUUGUUUCUUUCUUUUCUUUUCUUUUUUCUUUCUUUUUAUUUCCUUUCAUUAUUUUUUUCUUUUUCUUUUUUUUCCAUACUUUUCUUUUUUCUUUCUUUUAUGAUUUCUUUUCUUUUUCUUUCUUUUCUUUUUCUUUCUUUUAUGAUUUAUUUUCUUUUUUCUUUAUUAUUUCUUUUUUAAUUAUUUCUUUUUCUUUCUUUUCUUUUAUUUUCUUUUCAUUUCUUUUUUCUUUCUUUUCUUUCCUUCUUUUUUCUUUUCUUUUUUCUUUCUUUUCUUUUCAUUUCUUUUCUUUCUUCUUCGUUUUUGCUUUUCUUUUCUUCUUCGUUUUCAUUAUUUCCAACCGCUCCCCACCUUUAACCUGUUGUUUCAUUUCCUCUUCAUCCAGAUUUUAUUUUCUUUUAAUAUUUUCUUGUUUUACUUUAGUACCUCUUUUUUUUUUCUCCUACCUUUUUUAUUCUUCAUUUUCUUCUCCAUUCGAUUUCCUUUCUUUCUUUCUUUCCAAUUUCUCUUCGCAUCUAUCUAUCUAUACAUCUAAGACACUUAAUAAUAUCUAUCUAUCCUCUCUCUCUCUAAAUAUAUAUCCAUAUUUUAUUCACAUCUAUCUAUCUAUCUAUUUAUCUGAAUAUUUUCCUAUCUAUCUAUAUAUUUUCCUAUCUAUCUAUCUAUCUGUCCAAGGUUUUUUCUAUCUAUCUAUCUAUCUAUCUAUCUAUCUAUCUAUCUAUCUAUCUAUCUAUCUAUCUAUCCGAGUCUUUUUCUAUCUAUCUAUCUAUCUAUCUAUCUAUCUAUCUAUCUAUCUAUCUAUCUAUCUAUCUAUCCGUGUCUUUUCCUAUCUAUCUAUCUAUCUAUCCUAUCUAUCUAUCUAUCUAUCUAUCUAUCUAUCUAUCUAUCUAUCUAAUUCUGUUUAUGUAUGUCUAUCUGUUCAUAUUUUCUUUCCUGGAACCUGUAAGCAGUCAUUACUUUUGAAAAUCUGCGGUAUUUCUUCUCUCUCUCUCCUCCUCCCCCCUCCUCGUUCCAUUUUUUUCUCAUCAAUUCUUUCCCUGUCAUUCACUCUUCAACUUUCUCUUUCUUCUUUCACGUAUUUUAUUUUCCCUCCCUCUCCAUGUCUUCCCACCCCACCCUCUCUGUUUUAUCCUCCUCCUACUUCUUCUUCUUCUUGUUCUUCUUCUUGUAUAUUCUCUCCCACACGUCUGCUUUCCAUUUUACUUCUCAUCACUUCUCCUUUCUGCUACUCUCUCUCUCUUUCUCUCUCUUUUUUUUCUCUAUCUCUCUUUCUUUUCUCGUGA